UAUUAGUAUUAAUUUAAUGUGCCAGGAUUAUUAUGUAUUUGGAGUUAUAUAUAUAAAACUCUCCCCCCCCCCUUUCUCUCCACAGGAUUAUGCAAUUGAAGCUAUAAACACCUCUCUCUCUCUCUCUCUCUCUAAAGACUAAGCCAUGUCAAGGAGGGUGUCAUCAAGUGCAGAAAUCAGGAACUUAGCUGCAGUUUCAAGCGGCCUUCUUACUGCGUUUGUAGCUGCGAAUGAUCAAACCCUUCCUCGCCUCCGAAAACAUGUCAUAGCUCCUUACGACCGCCGCUACAGGUGGUGGCAAAUGUUUCUGAUCCUCCUGGUCAUCUACUCUGCUUGGGCCUCGCCGUUCGAAUUAGCCUUUCAAAAGGUGGGCUCGGGCUCGCUCCUAGCCAUCGAUCUCGUCGUCGACGUGUUCUUCGGCGUCGACAUCAUUGUCUCCUUCUUUGUCGCGUACUUAGAUGGCUCAACGUAUCUCCUCGUCGACGACCGCAAAAAAAUAGCCUUGAGAUACGUGACGAGGCCGUGGUUCGCGAUGGACGUGGCGUCGACGUUGCCGUUCCAGGUCAUCUACCGGAUCGUCACCGGCAAACACAACGGUGGAUCCGUCUUUGGCUUCAUCAAUCUCCUCCGCCUGUGGCGGCUCCGGCGAGUCAGUACCCUCUUCACAAGGUUGGAGAAAGACAUCCGCUUCAGCUAUUUCUGGACGAGGUUUGUGAAGCUCAUUUGUGUGACAUUAUUUGCGUUGCACUCAGCAGCCUGUGUAUAUUUCUGGCUGGCGAUGCAUUACCGUAUAAAACAAAAAACAUGGAUUGGGAGCCAGAUACAUGAUUUCAUGGACCGCAGCAUAUGGCUUGGGUACACCUAUGCCGUGUACUGGUCCAUCACUACUCUCACCACCGUCGGUUACGGGGACUUGCACGCAGAAAAUACGGGGGAGAAGCUGUUCAACAUCUUCUUCAUGCUCUUCAAUAUCGGCCUCACCUCCUACAUCAUCGGAAACAUGACCAACCUCAUAGUCCACAGCGCAACGCGAACAUUUAUCAUGAGGGACAAAGUACACCAAGUCUUGCGAUUUGCAAGCAAGAACCUGCUCCCCGAGGGGCUGAGAGAACAGAUGCUAGCACACAUGCAGCUCAAGUUCAAGACCAUGGAGCUGCAGCAGGAGGAAAUUCUUGCCGACCUGCCCAAGGCGGUGCGGUCGAGCAUCGCGCAGCACCUGUUCCAAAGAACGGUCGAGUCAACCUACCUAUUCAAGGGGAUCUCUCCAGACUUCAUAGCACAGUUGGUUUCUGAGAUGAAAGCAGAAUACUUUCCACCUAAAGUGGACAUAAUUCUACAGAAUGAGAUGCCAACAGAUUGCUAUAUUAUAGUCUCAGGGGCAGUGGAUGUUCUAACUAACAAGAAUGGAACCGAGAAGUUUGUGUCAAAAUUAGGUCCUGCAGAUAUGGUAGGAGAAAUUGGAGUGAUCUUCAACAUGCCUCAGCCUUUCACGGUACGAAGCAGAAAGCUUUCCCAGGUCGUUCGGAUAAGCCAUCAGCAUCUUAGGCAGAUCGUUCAGCCGUGCAACAUAGAUGCGGAAGUAAUUUUCUCCAAUUUUCUUCAGUACCUCAAAAAUCUAAGGGAAGAAAUUGUUGCGGAGUUACCAUUCAUUGAAGAAUUGAAUUGCGGCAUAAAUGCGAAUCUUAUACCAUCCGAAGAACUUCCAAACUGCGAUGCAUCAAUUUCAAGUGAAAAAGAGGGCACCAACAUCGAAGGGCUUCGAAAGACAUUACCCACAAGAGUUAUAAUUCACGCGCAUCGCCUUUCUGAAUCUCGCAAAACGGAAGGCCAUUCACUAGGGAGACUUACAUAUCUACCUGAUUCAAUUGAAGAGCUCAUGAAAUUGGCAGAACAAAGUUCUGGACAAGCUGUAGAAAAGAUUCUCACUGCCGACGGUGCAGAGGUCGAAGACUUACUUACUUUGAGGGACAACGAUCACCUGUUUAUUUGUUGAAAAGGCGAAGGACGGCAUUGUGAAAUGUGAAAAAUAUCAAAUCAAAAGAAGCAUGCAUCAGUGGGUGUAUUAACUUGUAAAAGAUUCAUAUCCAGUAAAGUGAGAAUUUACUCUGUAACGCCUCCAAUAGUCCCACAUCGGAUGGGAUACUGAUUCCGAUCAGUUUAUAUGAGGCCUACACGCUAGUAAUAACAACUAAGCUUAAGAAUUUUGGGCCGGUGGUUCGGGCCCAACGAGUUAUUGUUGCUAGCGGGUUGGGUCGUUGCGUACUCAAUCUGGGAGUACGUUCGUGAUGUAUUUCUUCUAAACUUGUGUACGUAGUACAUAAAGAAAACAAGCAAAAAAAGGCAAAAGAAAGACGAAGAAGAACAUUUAUUUUUGGAUCUUAGAAUCUCGCUUGUGCUUUCCUUUAUGGCAAAAGCUCUAUACUUUUUGUAUUUAAUAAGCACUCUACCAAAAAUGAUUGUAAUCUAAAAGUGAAAGUCUAUACUAAGAUUGUAUUUGUUCCUGCUUAAUACUUUUGGGCAUGCUUUCAACGUAAA